AUGUCGAAAAAGUAUGAUCGGAUAUUCGGUGGACUAUUUUCUCCAGUGUCAUUGGCCGAACGCACUUCUCUCAAUCAAUAUCGUCAUGAUGCGAAAUCAAUUAUUCAAACCAACGACAAACAUCUGACCAAUCAGGAUGUUCAUUUUGAUGUGCAUUCGCCCCAAUCAUCGUUUAUGUCGAUCAGUGGCUCAAAUAAUCAUGGCUUAGCAGUUAACAAGGCAGAAAUCAAUGUAACAAAUGUGUUCGAUCGACCACUGAUACUUCAUUCAAACCAAUAUUUUCCACUUGGCUAUUGCAUUUUAGUUAUUCUGAUAUAUGUUAUAUUCAUUAUUGUUCUCGUAUUCAUACACUGUAUUUGGCGUAAACGAACAGAGAAGCGAUGUGUCGAUAACAAACAUGGCCAUGGGAAGAAAAACUCCGAACCAGCAGCGCACAAGAAAAUUAUUGAACGUAAGAAACCACUCUACUCUACUCUACUCUUACUUAUGACAGCUUAUUUAGCUCAACCACUGUCCAAUCACCGACACGAUGACAAAAAAAAUCGACCAAUCACAAGUUUACAGAAAGAAAAAGAACUAAAGGCGAACGAAGUGUAUUAUGAAGCAUCGGAUAAUCUUCAAACAAUCCAAUCAUCAAUAAAUAAUUCAGAAUGCAACGUUGAACGGACAACAGCUCGGUAUCCAGAUCUAACAUCUACUCCGGUUGAUGAUGCUUUAACAGACUCUAUUAUUCAUCGUAUAUAUUGUACCUUACUACAAUAUUUUAAAUGA